UUGGCCAGGAGUCAGAGUUCCUGUGUCGAUUCAAAGAAAUGCAGAGAGGAGUUUGUAACGGAGACAGAAAGAGACGAUUCAGAGAGGAGGAGGUGAGGAGGGGACGAAGAUACGGAGCAGCAGGACUGUUCUCCCGAAAUACCUGAAGGUAAACACAGAAUCCCUGGACUUCUCUUGGAGAUGUUUGAUGAUGUUUGGGGAUGUUUGAAGAUGCCUGGAGAUCACGCUGACCUUCUCUGAAACGUAGGAGCAGGUCCAGGUGACCUCCCAGCUGGUGGACAGGAUGAGCGGGAAGCACAGCGAGCUGGAGGGUCGCCUCGACGACCUGCUGUCACGCAUCGCCAUGGAGACGCAGGAGAUCAAAGAGCUGGAGCAGCAGCUGACUGACGGUCAGAUUUUGGCGAACGAAGCUCUGCAGAGAGAUUUGGAGGAGGUGAUCUGUGGACUUCAGGAGUACCUCAGAGGACUCAGACAGCAGGCUCUUCUCUCAGAGCAGCAGGUCGUCAGUCUGCAGGCUGAGAACAAGAGUCUGCAGCUCCACCUGGAGGACGCUCAGAGACACUGCAGGCAGCUGGAGGAUUCGGCCAGGACACACACACAGAACACGAGCGUGCAGAAGGAGGCCCAGGCUCUCAGGGAGAGACAGGUGGAGAGCAGCAGGCGGCAGGCAGAGCUGGAGGCGGAGCUUCAUCUAUUGAGGGAGGAGCUAACCCGACAGGUGAACCUGGGACAGUUUCAGGUUGAAGCUCUUCAGGCGGCUGCAGAUAAAGAAAAACAAACCAGAGACAUCAGAGAGUCUCAGCUGCAGGCGACCAUCCAGUCUCUGCAGGAGGAGAAGUCGUCUCUGCAGCAUCUCAACCACAAACUCCAGGUCCAACUGAACCAGAUCAAAGACCAGUGUGAAGAGACCAGGACCCGGAUGGACCAGACCAGGACCCGGAUGGACCAGACCAGGACCCGGAUGGACCAGACCAGGACCCGGAUGGACCAGACCAGGACCCGGAUGGACCAGACCAGGACCCGGAUGGACAGGUUUACAGCUCCCCUGUCAGACAGUCAGGACAAGUUCAGUGAUGUGGAGCAGCUGAACAGAACCAGCAGGCAGCCUCUGGACCAGGACCAGCUGACCCAGGACCAGCUGAGCCAGUCUGUGGACCUGGAGUUAGAGCUGCAGAUACUCAGAGAGAAACUGAAGACAUCUCAGAGCAGAACCAGACUGAUGCAGCAGAACCUUGAGGUGAAGCUCCAGCAGAGUCAGCAGCAGCUUCAGGACGUCCAGCAGCAGAAAGACUUACUGCUGCUGCAGCUGCGUUCACAGAGCGACCGACACCAACGGAGCCUCGACCGCCUUAACAGGAAACUACUGCAGCUCAGCAGGUCCAUGAGCGACACCGAUCAGCUGACGGCAGAACAGCUGGAGUUCAGCAUCCAGCAGCUGAGAGCUCUGAACCAAAGCGUGGAGCUGCUGCAGGCACAGAAAGCUGCAGACGAGCUGAACGCAGACGCUCUGAAGAACCAACAAACUGUGGAGGAGCUGGACCCGACCAGGACCAGCACCAGACCUGCAGAUGGAGGCCGGUGGUGGUCCGUACCUCCUGGACUCGGAGCUCCCAGUCCGGGUUCUCAGGGGACUCAGGACUCGGGUUUGGACCUGCAGCAGCUCGGUUCUCCUGACAGACCUCCUGCAGGUGGAGGCUGCCGGGUCCACCUGCCCCCAACACACCACGACUCAGAUGGCAGCAGCAGUGGAGGCAGCAGCUCCACACCAGGGACGACUCCUCCUCCAGCUGCGGGCUCCUCUCCUGGGCCUGCUGACGCUCAGACUCCCCUGGUUGGUCGUGGCUGGCUGCUCUGUGGUUCCUACAGUCCACCAGCAGGAGGCGCAGCUGAACACCUGGACAAGCAGGGAGGUAGGUGUGUGUGUGAGUGUUUGCACACAGAAGCAGAGAAACUGGAGGAAGAGAAGAAGAAGCUGCGACUGCAAACCAAACAGCUGCGACACAAACUGAGGAGACACAGGAGUGCGAUGCAGGUGUGUGAUGAGGUGGAGUGUUUAGAGAAAACUCUGUUGAAGAGACGAACUGAACUCCGUCAGGCUGACAGGCUGCUGCUGGAGGCUCAGAGCUGCAUAAACACUAGCAGAGAGCAGUGUUUUCAUCUCUUCAGGUCUCGGAGGUUCAGCUGGAGGCCGACGUGCUGCAGAAUGAAGCUCAGGAGAACCUCAGGUAGUAGAACAUCAGGGGGUGGAACAUCAGCUGGUAGAGCCUCAGGCGGUAGAACAUCAGGCGGUAGAACAUCAGGCGGUAGAACAUCAGGCGGUAGAACAUCAGGCAGUGGAACAUCAGCUGGUAGAGCCUCAGGCGGUAGAACAUCAGGCGGUAGAGCCUCAGGCAGUAGAACCUCAGGCGGUAGAACCUCAGGCAGUAGAACAUCAGUAUGUGGGGUUCUGACCUGCAGGAGGCUCCAGCUGGAGGUGCAGCAGCUGAGGAUGAGGAGGCAGCAGGAGCAGCAGAGUGUGAGGAAGGUGGAGGAGGAGACUGAGGCUGCUGCAGACAGACUUGCUGCGGUUCUGUCCGACUGUCAGGAGGCUCAGAGACGUCUGGACUCUCUCAGUGCUCAGCACCUGAAGGAGGAACUUCACCUGAAGGAGCUCAGAGAGGAGCAGCAGCACCUGAACACCUCCAUACAGGAGCUGUUGAGUCGCAGCAGGUGGAUGGUCUCAGGUGUGAAGGAAGACGAACAGAAGCUGGACUCUCUGAGGACUGAACUGAGCCGACACCGAGCAGAACUGAAGAAGGUUCUGCAGAAGCAGCUGGUGGAGCAACGGCAGCUGGAGGACAUGAAAACUGAACACACCCAGAAGCUCCAUCAGAAGAAGAACGAGCUGGACAGAACCAAGGAGGAGCUGGACCGGACCAAGGAGGAGCUGGACAGAACCAAGGAGGAGCUGGACAGAACCAAGGAGGAGCUGGACAGAACCAAGGAGGAGCUGGACAGAACCAAGGAGGAGCUGGACAGGACAGAGGAAGACUUGAACAGGAAGCAGGAGCAACUGGACAGGAAGCAGAAGGUGGUGGAUCAGCUGAGAGAAGAUCUGGACGAGAUGCAGGACGAAGUGGACAAACUGCAACAGGAGGUGGAGACACGACUCAGAGAUACGAAACAGCAGCAGACUGAGCUACAGGAGGUCCAGGAGGAGCUGAGCAGGAGGAGGGAGGAGAGAGUUAACCUGCAGCAGCAGUGCAAACACCUGGAGGACCGACGGAGGCUCACCGACAGGAGUCUGGCAGUUGUGAAGGCGGAGCUUACUAAGCAGAGGGAGGAGCUUAGCCAAGCCCAGCUCCUCAAACAGGAAGUAGUCAGAGAUACAGCAGCCAGUCAGCAGCAGCUUAACGAAAACUCUGAGUUCUUGUCUCUGCUCAGUGAACGAGUGGAUGAGAGGAAGAAACAGCUGCAGACUCUGGAACAGGAGCUGAAUGCAUCCAAUCAGCAGCAGCAGAGAACAGAACACCUGAAGGAGCUGGACAGACAAAUACAACAAAAACAGGAUGGUGAAGCUGCAGUGUCUCAGGUGGAGGACAGGGGGCGCCAUCUGACCCAACAGCAGCUACAGCUCAACCAGCUCAGUGAGGAGCUCUGGCAGCAAAAGAAACAUCUGCUGUACCAGGAGGAGGAGCUACAGCAGCAGAGGGAGGAGCUAAAGCAACUUGAGGAGGGACUAAAGCAACAGCAGGAGGAGCUGAAGCAUAAAGUGGAGGAUCUAAAUGAACAGCAGGAGGAGCUACAACUGAAGGGGGAGUGGCUAAUACAGGAAGAGGAGGAGCUACAGAAGAAAGACGAGGAGCUUCUGAAAAAACAGGAGCAGAGCUGGACGGUGGAGCUGGAGAGAGAAAAACUGAGACAACAAGAAGAUCAGCUGACGGCUCGUCUUCGCUCCAGUCUGUGGACUCGGCAGCAGAACCUCAGACGUCUGCAGACGGAGGGAAGUUUAGUGGAUCUGAAACUGGAGCAGCUGGAGACUCUGCUGGACCGGUCAGAAGCAUCAUGAGGACCAGAUCUGGAACAGAAACACUUCCUGUUUGGUGUGAGGUCACAGUGGGAGGAGCCAAACAAAUAUUCAUUAAUAAAACACUAAUAAAUAUCUGAAAAUCUAUAAAUAAACAUCUGAAUGGCAA